AUGUCUUCACCAAUUCUUCUCAUCCUCGGUGCAGGACCCAAUAUCGGCGCCCACGUCGCAAAGGCAUUCACCGCACAAGGCUACCGGGUGGCGCUCGCAUCUCGAAAGCCACCCAGCAGCGAUUCAGACAUCGGCUCGAGCCUCCAUGUGACAGUUGACCUCACCAAGCCUGAGACGGUGGCGCCCGCCUUCGAAACCAUCAAAUCCAAACUCGGCGCUCCCCCAAGCGUGGUGGUAUACAACGCAGCACUCUUCCCGGGGAGCGACGCGGACGACCCGCUCGCCAACUUCGACCUGGACAGCUACCAGGCGGGCCUGAAUGUGAACGUGACAUCUGUCAUCUUCUCGCUGCAGCAGGCCGUCAAGGGCUUCAAGUCACUCGAGGGGUCCGACCACUCCAAGACGUUUAUUCUGACGGGGAACUUCCUCAACAAGCACGUCCUGCCCGGCAUGUUGCCGUUCGGCCUGACCAAGGCCGCCGGCGCCUAUGCCAUCUGGAACCUCGCUGAGGCGAAGCCGUAUGAGAAGGAUGGUGUCAAAUUCUACUUCGCCGACGAACGCCAGUCUUCCGGUGCUCCUGCCGGAAAGGCUGUUUCUGGACCUGCAGCUGCAGAGGAAUAUUGGAAGCUAGCGGCACGGAAAGAUCAGGGCCCCUGGCUGCAUACCUUUGUCAAGGGAGAAGGCUACAAGGACUUUUCGGCGAGUGAGUGA